ACUGCCGCCCUCAGACUGCUUCUCGCUUCUGAGAAGACGUGUAGGGCGAACGGCACAGCUCGGCCAAACUUUUCUCGGAGGUGCCAAACUUUUCUCGGACGAGCUUUUUCGAGAAGCUUCCUCAGCUUCUCUGGAUGAGGAGCGAAAGAAAAGAACAACCACGAAACACCUUUGGGACCAACCAUAACUUGGACGACGGAGAACAUCCAUAGAUAAUUUCUCGGCGGAGUGAAGAAACAAAGAGCUUCGGGUGGAGCCCAAUCGGAGCUUAGGAGGCAGAACGACGCGAACAGCGAAACCAAUAGGAAAGUGUCUUGUGCUGCGAUGGCGGAGACGGCGUACACUGUAAGCAGCGACUCGGAGCCAGAAGGGACCCCCAAGAAGCCUUUACCCAAGCGACGCCGCUUUCUCACCAGCAGCGUCUCCAUCCCGGUCUAUUCGACCAAGGUUCAGAACAGCCUAAAAUUGUUAAAAAAUUCCCUGAAGCUUCCUGAUAAAAUCAAAGAGCGCUGUAAUAAGAAUCUGCCCUUUAGCUCAGAAGACGAAGACGAAGAUGAAGAGGAAAAGCCAAUUCCUUUAAAGCAAUUGAAGAAUAAACCAAGCAGAAUGUUUGAUCAGAAUUUCAAAAAUUUGAGCAUGUCCCUCUCAGCUGCUAAGAAGAGCUUGCAGGAUCAGGGAUUUGAUGAGGAUGAUGUAAUUCUGGUUGAUGCAUUUGAACCCCGGGAGCUGAUGCUGAAAGUCCGAUGCCGAGCUGAUAUCUACAAAAUCUGUAUUCUAAUGACAGAGCCUCUUCAGCGAGUGGUUGACCGCAUGUCACAAAUACUGAAGGUUCAUCCAAGUAGAAUCCUGCUCCUGCAUUAUGAUAGUGAACUUUCAGUUGAUGCUACUCCUGCUAAGUUGGACCUUGGCGUUGCUGACAUCAUCGAUUGUAUAGUGGAGACCAGUAAACAACGGGCUGAUGAUCCUGGAAUCCUGUUGCUUCGAGUACAAGGAAAGGACAGACGUUCUGUGAUGGAGAUUACAAUCCAGAAGGGGGAGCCCUUAGAAACCCUUAUGAAUCACUACAAAGAAGCUCAAGGUCUUGGCAGAUCUAAAGUUGUCUUCUAUUUUGAUGGGCAGCGUUUGAUAGAAACUCUGACCCCUGAACAAUUGGGGAUGGAAUCUGGUGAUGUUAUUGAAAUGUGGAACUAGCAUCGUUGCAUUUGCAAAGAAUCCAUGUUUAGAAUUGAUUAUUUUUUUAUAUUUGCCCACUCUUGAGUGACUCACCUGUAUUCAGUGUGAUAUUUGAUAUUUACCCACAGUAUUUGAUAUUUACUCACUCUUAGUGACUCACUACUUUCCUUGAUUUAAUUUUCACUGAGUCUGAUAUCUAAGUGGGAAAUGGCAGUUUAAUUUUUUG